GUAAAAAAUGUGGAUUACUUUUUCGUUGUUUUUAAAUAGUUUCCGAUUUCAGUAAGUGUGUUUUCUAAAACCGCGUGGACGAAGCGGUGCUAAUAAGGCCUUAAAUCCCCUAUUUGCGUUACUUGUUGGUGAAAUCUGACAGGUUUUAGCAUCGCUGUUAGCAUUAGCUUGCUCAAUGGAAGAUCAAGUUCAUGAGCAACCUGGGUUAAACACGACUCCCUGUUUCACAUGCCGGUGGAAAUGAAAGGGCAGCAGAAAAGUCCAGACCCUGAUUGCAAUGUUCCUGUAAUUGAAGAAGUUACUUACUGCAGCAGUUACCUGUGGAGUUAUCGAUGCACUGACACCUGAUGAAGCCCAAAAUAUUAGGGGUAGUGGCUACAGCUGAAGACCCAUCAGCAAUCACAACUAUUCAGUCAGCUGCCACGUUUUCGUCUGAGCAGCCCAUAAAAUACCUGUUCAAGACAGAGGGAGCUGGGGGGCAGGUAGGGGAACUGUACCCUCCCAUCGGGCAGGUGACAUAUCGGGUAAUUCAGGUAGCAGAUGGACAGUUGGAGGCUCAAUCAGAUGGCACCACAGCUGUCAGUGUUGUUGCUGGCUUUCCUGCAACAACACAACCAGUUACCCAGGCUGUGUUCUCCCAGUCUGAAGCUUUAGAGGGGGAUGGCACAGAAACCCAUUACACUUAUUACCCUGCCACUAUUUCGGAUGCUGGAACAGGCACUAUGGUCACUGGUGUGCAGACCUCUGACACAAUCCUCAGCCAGGGUACACCUACAGGUCAGUUAUAUGUGAUGAUGUCACCACAGGAGGUUUUGACCGGAGCAACCCAGAGAUCAAUUGCACCUCGCACGCAAAAUUGCAACACUAAGUCAGAGGCACCAAGGACGUCUAGAGAUGAUAAACGGCGAGCACAACACAACGAAGUUGAACGAAGGCGCAGAGAUAAGAUUAACAACUGGAUUGUUCAGCUUUCCAAGACUAUUCCAGACUGCACAUUGGACUCAACUAAGACAGGACAGAGUAAGGGAGGGAUCCUCUCAAAGGCCUGUGAUUACAUUCAGGAGCUGCGACAAAGUAAUAAUCGAUUGGCAGAGGAACUCAGCACACUGGAGAGGUUGAGGAUGGACAACCAGCUUUUACGGCAAGAAGUGGAAGACUGGAAAUCAAAAAAUCAGAUUUUAAGAAGCCAGCUCAGGCAGCAUGGCAUUGUAGUAGCAGCAAGUGCAGAGCCACAAUGAAGAAUGAUGGGAGAUAUUGUAUAAAUGCUGGUUGUGACCCAUUGUGGAAAGUUCAUUAUGAAUGCUAAAAUCAAAUAAUAAUGCAAAUCCAGACGCUAAAAAUAAAGUUCCCAGGCAUAAAGCUCGUCAAAGGUCAAAGCAGGAAUUAUGGAGAAUGUCUAAUGCAGAAUUUCUCAAUCUGUUAUGUACAUUUAUUUUUAAUGUGUCUUUCUUUAUCAUUGUAUAUAUUUGUUUUUGUACAACACUUUUUUUUACGUGAUCUAAUUAUGAAUUUCUUUUAUGUACUGGUAAAAGUUAGGUUGACGUAUAAAAAACUUUACUCCGAAACAUUUCUGAAGGCAAAAUUUCGGCUUGCAUGUUUCAUACUUUUACACUGCAUUUACUAAGACAAUGAGAUAAUGGUAUUUUUUUCUGGUUAUGUGCAAAAUACAGAUCACUAUACAUAUGCAUUUGCAAUAAAUACUUUGGAACAUAAA